AUGCUAAAGAAUAGCACGAAUAACACUACCAACACACAAAUACUACAGGCAACCAGUGACACGAGCACACCGACAAACCGCACAAACAAACACACUCCUACAAUAUCAACUCCGACACCGACACCAACACCAACAACUGCAACUGCUUCGCCAAAGGUCAUUCAUACCCGCACUUGCUUGGCAGCGGCGUCUCUGGACACUUCACCACAUUGCACAUCCGUAACUAUGGUUGGUCUUACCACACCUGUGACAACUGGAGCCACGGGAGCAGCAGGAGCAAAUACCACACAACCAACCCAACUAUCAACAAUACCAGCAACAGGUACAACACAGGCAACGAGUACAACAACAACAGUAACAGUAACAACACCGGUAACAACACCGGUAACAGCGCCAAAUGCACUGGCAAGCAUAUCACCCGCCCACACAGUCAAUACCACCCACGGGUCAAACUCACAACAAGUCACCCUUGUAUCGAAUGCGCUAGGGAAUGUGUUCGCUCCGACCGGAACCACCUGUGACAAAUACGAGGCGACAACCACAGCAGCAGAAGAAGACGAGAGAUUCGAGUAUGUCGAGAGAGCUGCUGCGAUUGAGAAUGGACGUGCUAACGCGCACGCCAAUGGUCUUAAUCACAAUCAGAACACCCACCAUAACAGCCUCAAUCAAGGCUAUCAUCAUGCCCAGCCACCACUAACACAGCGCUUCUCUUACGCGCCACUACCUGCCGUCGCCUCGUCACCCCCAUCAAACAUGCACCAUCACUAUCAAACCCCCGUGUUGACCAUAUCAGAUCUACUUGCCUCUAGUGCGCGCACCGAUGAAAUUCUCGGUGCGUUGACCGUGGAUCAUGGUAGUGGGGGAAGCAACAAGGUUUACCACCAUGUUGAUUUGACGGCGAAAAACAUGUUGGCGAAAGCUGGAAUGGCGGGCAAUGAUGGUGCAAGAAGAGAACAGAUCACUGAUAAAAGAAACGAAAGGUGGAGGGAUAGCAUGACAAUAGCCGGAAAACCCCAUUCUGGCUCAAAACCUAACCACGCUCUGCCCGCAACAGAUCCCAAAGUCGAAGAACAUGAUGGAAUUCACUAUGUCGUAUUUACGUAUUCCGUCAAAGGACAAAACGAAAACUACAAAGUAAGAAUAGAUAUAGACAAAGUAGAAAUGAGCGAGAUAGACGAGGCAUUCAAGAGAGACAAUUGUUUAUAUCUAAGAGCCAACUGUACAGAAGAUCAGUAUAAGGGGAAUAGAUGGACUUAUGAACGAGAAUGUAAUGAGUUGGGAUGGAAGUUGGCAUGGUUGAAUAAAAGUGUGAUUGACGGUAAGCGAGGUCUACUUCAACGUGCAGUAGAUUCGUACCGUAAUCGUAGCCCUACGAUGCGUUCGCGACGUGUUGUGCGUAAUGAGAAACUUCUGAAUGGCACGUUACGAAAACGAACCACACGAGAUGUGCCAUCGCCGACGUCACCUUAUGAUUUGGUAUCAGUCUCCAACAGUAUGACCAGCCCUGUUGCAUCCUCGGCGAAUGCCUUUGCGCACGAGACGUCGUAUGAUCCAUCAUACGUUUCGUCGUCAAAGCGUCAAAAGUCGUAUGGAAAAUCGUUCACGUUUGAGACUGUUACUGAUGGUGUUGUUAGCAGAAUCAAGCUCCGUGCUGAUGUUGACAGUGUGGAUUCGAGGCAUCUUUCAGAACAGUUCAAGAGAACCAAUUGUGUCUAUCCAAGAGCGUUUGUGACAAAGGAUGAGUAUCAGGGAAACAGGUGGGAACUGGAAACUUGGUGUAAUGAAAUUGGAUGGAAGUUGGCUCACUUGAAUCAAGCAAAAUUAUCUGGCAAGAUAAUUUUGCUUCAAAAGGCUCUUGAUGCUUAUCGAUCCAAGUUCGCCUCAGAAUAUCGUCCUCGUCGCGGAAGAUAUUCGCACACGUUAACAGCGCGAUUCUUUGAGAAUCAUCCGCGUACAGAUGGAAUGGAUGAUAUUGGGGUGGAUGGAGAGAUGACUGGAGCCGGGGUGGAUAAUGUGGAUGUGGUGAACGGCGUUGAGAAUGAACAGAACGUUGAGACGCAUGGGCAGGAAAUGGAAGUGGAUAGUGGGAGUGGGAACACGGACUAA